AUGGCCGAGAGAUUUGUACCAUCCAUCUCCUUGAAGGACUUUGAUAACCGCAAGGAUGAGAUCAAAACCCAACUGCUCGAGGCUGCCGAGUAUGCCGGGUUCUUUACCCUGGUUGACCACGGCAUCAGCGUAGAGGAGAUUGAACGUCAGUUUGCGAUCUCCAGGGCCUUCUUUGCUCUACCUCAGGAAGUCAAGGGUAAAACACCCCAUGAUACUACCACAAACAAUGGAUGGGAGUACAAGGCACAACAUCGCCCGAGUACUGGCACUUACGACCAAAAAGAGUCGCUGUGGCUGAUGCGUCAUUCACAAUGGCCCAGUGAUGAAGAUGUGCCCAACUUCCGGGAGGCGACCGAGGCUUUCAUGGCGAAAUGUGCUAUCAUCUCAAACCAAGUCCUUGCCUGCUUCUCAAGCGCCCUCGGCUUUGACGAAACAUAUCUCAAGGAAGCGAAUGAUCCUACUAAAGAGGACUGCAUGAGCCAGCUUCGACUUAUUCACUACCCGGCUGCGGAAGAUGCAGCCGGGACUUGGAGAGCAGGUACACAUACUGACAUUGGUUGCUUGACACUGCUGUUUCAACGAGACGGCGAAGACGGCCUCGAGAUCUGCCCUGGGCGGGAGUCACACACUAGCUUCGCCAUGGGUGACACCUUCUCACCGCUGCCGGCCAAGACAGGGCCGAUUGUGGUAAACAUCGGUGAUAUGUUGAUGGCCUGGUCCGAUGACCGCCUCAAGUCCAACUUCCACCGAGUCCGCGCCAAAGACGUCGGCAAGUCGCCGUCUCGCUACUCGAUCGCUUACUUCAACCAAGGCCGCCGGAACUUCCUCGUUCAAGGACCAAACAAGAAAUACCCUGCUGUCACGGUUGGCGAAUAUUUCAAGCAAGCCGUGGAUCGAAACUUCAACCGGCAGGCUAUCACUGCUUAA